AUGUCAGCCAGCACACCUCCGUCCAAGAGGACUCCAUCGAGCGAGGAUGAAAAGUACGACCUCGAGAUCGCCGAGGCGAUCCGCAACGCGCCCACGACGGCGGGCAACGGCGGCGGUGCGGACGCGCAUCCGGGGAUGGCCUCAAUGCUCCGCAUCGGCACCAACACGGGUGGCGUGGUGACAUCGGAAGACUACAUCACCGACGAGGAGCGCGAGAUCAAGGAGAUGCACGCACAUGGCUACCACAAGUUCAAGUGGAGCUCGCUCUGGAGCCGCGCCGAAGUCAACCCGCUCAACGGCAAGAGCUUCACGUUCCCCUUGCUACGCUUCUGGGAUCCGUACUCGACCGCCUUUUGGUUGGCGACGCUUGGCUUCUUCGUCGCCUUCUUCUCGUGGUUCGCCUUCAGCCCGCUCGUGCCGGAAGCCGUCAGGGACGACCUCAAGCUGACGAGCGACCAGAUUGUCAACUCCAACAUGGCCUCGCUCGGCGGCACCGCCAUCGUGCGCCUCGUGGCGGGACCGGCGUGCGACCGGUACGGCCCUCGCAAGGUGCUCGCCGUCCUCCUCAUCCUCGGUGCUAUCCCCUCGGGCCUCGCCGCGCUGGUGACCAACAUCAGCGGACUCGAGGCGGUGCGUUUCUUCAUCUCGAUCCUCGGCGGCACCUUUGUGCCUACGCAAGCAUGGACGACGACCUUCUUCGACAAGUCGAUCGUCGGCACCGCCAACUCGUUCUCGGGCGGCUGGGGCAACCUCGGCGGCGGCGUGACGGUGGCCGUCAUGAUCGGGCUGUACGAGCGGUACAAGAAGGCGGGCUACUCGAGCCACCUCGCCUGGCGACUCUGCUUCCCUACGGUGCCCGUUCCGUGCCUCUUGCUUGUUGCCGCCAUGAUCCUGCUGCUUGGCAAGGACCACCCGGCGGGCAAGUGGAGCCGCCGACACCUCUUCAGCGGCACGGCGAUUGCCGUGGCCCAGGGAGAAAAGGUGACCCUCGACCAGGCCGAGGUGAUGGCGCAGCAGCAGGCGACGAGGGACAACGAAAAGGGCGGCGCCAUCGCACCCGCCAAGACGGCCGACUUCCGCCCUGCCGCCAACGAGGCGGGCGACCAGCCGGUGGCCACCAUCGACACGGCCCAGUCUGAGCCGCUGACGGCCAAGAGCCUCGGCCGCAUCCUGCUCGAUCUGCGCGUGUGGAUGUGCUUCAGCUGCUACCUCCUCACCUUUGGCCUCGAGACGGCCAUGGACGCGGCGCUGCCCGGCCUGCUCACCACGCUCUUCAAGUCGAGCACCUUUACGGUCACCGACGCCGCCUUUGCCGCGUCGACCUACGGCCUGCUCAACCUCUUCGCCCGGCCGCUGGGCGGCAUCGUGUCCGACCUGCUCUACGCGCGCUACGGCCUGCGCGCCAAGGUGCUGCUGCUGCUGGCCGCCGCCUUUUCGCAGGGCGUCUCGAUGAUCGGGCUGGGCUUCUACGUCAACAACGGCGGCGCCAGCGUGGGCGGCGUCAUCGGCUUCAUCGUCCUCAUCGGCGUCACUGGCUUUGUUGCCAACGGGGCCUGCUACUCGGUCUACGGCCACCUCCGCCCCAAGAACGUCGGCGCCGUCGCGGGCAUCGUUGGCGCCGGCGGCAACGUGGGCGGCCUGAUGUACACCGGCAUCUUCAAGGCGCUCGCCGGCUCCAAGCCCGCGGGCAACCUCGGCACCAAGUUCUGGGUGGCGGGCGUCGUCAACGCCGCGGCGGUGCUGCCCUUCUUCUUUGUGCCGCUCGGCGACGCCGUCUAG